AUGAUGAGUCUAAUACAGAGACGAUGUGCUGCUUCCGUCCUUCGCCAGAGCUUGGGAUCCGCGAGAACCAGAACUGCUUCAACUCCAAUAUCGCUGCUACCCACGAGAUGGAAUCCUCUCCAAACCAACAACUGCAGCAUCGCUACCCAACCACUGAAUCUUGGGAGAUCUUCACAUCGAACUUUCUCAAGUGGUCGUCGCAUGGCAUCCGCUCCACAUCGUCCUGGCGGACCUGCUCUUCCAGCAUAUAUUUGGAUGACGGCGGUAGGAACUACUAGCAUGAUUGGAUACUUUUACUAUCGGUAUCUGGAAGAAGUCCCUCUCACGCAUCGCAAACGAUGGAUUGCCACAUCGCCUCAGUGGGAAUGGCAAUUGGGUGACCAGGAAUACCAAAAGCUAUUGAAACAAUUCCAAGCCAAAGGACAUGUGCUGCCCCCAGAUCAUAGAGCAUCCAUUACGGUUCAAAGAGUCGGGUCACGCGUCGCCAAGGCAGCGCUAAAGUUUGCACAAGAACAUGACAUGGCGCACAACAUUUCGAAGUCACCCUAUACCUACACGGUCGUCCGAUCCGAAAUGGCCAAUGCCUUUGUACUUCCCAACAAUCAUGUAUUUGUCAUGACGGGACUAUUCAAGUAUAUUCAAAACGAAGAUGAUUUGGCUGCCGUCCUGGCUCACGAAUGUUCCCACAAUCUAGCACGACAUGCCGGAGAACGAAUGUCGUCCAGCAUUGUCACCAAUUUCCUGGCACGCCUCUCGCUACUCAUCGAUCCUUCCGGGGCCAUUUUCACCAUCUUUUUACCCGCGGCUGCCGUCUUUCGAGAGCUACCUCAUUCUCGUACCCAAGAAACUGAGGCCGAUCAGAUUGGUGUCUAUCUGGCCGCCGAAGCUUGCUACGAUCCGCGAGCCGCCAAACGGGUAUUUGCCGCCAUGAAAAAGGGAAUGGAAAACAGUGCACCGCCCGAGUUUCUAUCCACGCAUCCAUCGCACGAGUCCAGAAUUCAACACUUUGAUCAGUGGCUACCCGAUGCCAUGAAGGUGUACAAUGGAGAAUCUGAUCAAGAUGGUGAGCUUUCCUUUGGAGGCGGUCACGAUCGGUGUCAUCAUGUGCGACAUCAAAUGCAAUCGGCACGAAAGCAAGCUGCUCAUCAAGCGGCGUUGCGAGAGCAAUCAAAUUAA